AUGGCGAACAAUAGUCUAGCACCUCCCACAUUAUGGGUCGACACCCGUGCGAAAACACCGGGGGGAGAUUCAGAUGAAUCUAUCACACCUUCUGGACAAUCAACAAUAUCAAAUCCAUUUUUAACGCCAGUCCCAACAAGUACAGCAACGAGCAUUCUCAGCCAGGACCCGGAGGAUGCUCUGAAACCAGAUCCAGGCACAGAGGCUGAUUUUGUAGUGGAGCAAAACCCUUUCGCCUUCAGCCCGGGUCAACUCAACAAGCUGCUGAAUCCGAAAUCUCUUCACGCAUAUGUGUCUCUCGGUGGAAUCCGAGGAAUCGAAAAAGGGUUGCAAACGGAUUUGAGUGCUGGACUAAGCAUAGACGAAUCAUCAGCAAGAUCGAGAGUGACUUUCGAAGACGCCACUGGCCGUGCUGCUGUCAAGUAUUCGACAGCCUCAUCCAGUCAGCCUAGCUAUUCACAUCAAGCGGAUGGCGACAGCUUUGUUGACAGAAUACGAGUCUACGGCAAGAAUAUAUUGCCCGCGAAAAAGGCAACUCCCAUAUGGAAGCUGAUGUGGAACGCCUACAAUGACAAAGUUCUCCUUCUCCUCACAGCAGCAGCCAUAAUAUCCCUUGCGUUAGGACUUUAUGAGACCUUUGGCGUCGAACAUAAGCCUGGUGAUCCUGCCCCUGUCGACUGGGUUGAAGGUUUGGCGAUAUGCGUUGCCAUUAUCAUCGUAACGGCUGUUGGGUCUCUCAACGACUGGCAGAAAGAGCGCGCUUUCAUGAAGUUGAAUCAAAAGAAGGAAGAUAGAGAGAUCAAAGUCAUACGCUCUGGCAAGUCCUACAUGAUCAACGUUCAUGAAAUUCUUGUCGGAGAUGUUCUGCAUCUUGAACCGGGCGAUCUCGUUCCCGUUGAUGGCGUUUACAUCAGUGGCCACGAUAUGAAGUGCGACGAGUCGUCGGCAACUGGAGAAUCAGAUGCAAUCAAGAAGACACCAGGAGAGCAGGUAUCAAGGUUGUUGGAAUCCGGCCAUGACACCAAGAAACUCGAUCCUUUCAUCAUCUCUGGUGCUAAGGUCUUGGAGGGUGUCGGCACAUUCGUUGCUACCUCUGUCGGUACAUACUCCAGCUUCGGCAAGAUCAUGAUGUCUGUUCGAACAGAAAUGGAGGCUACGCCAUUGCAAAAGAAGCUUGAGCGUCUAGCAAUCGCAAUUGCGAAGCUGGGUGCCAGCGCUGCUGGUCUGUUAUUUUUCGUUCUUCUCAUUAGAUUUCUAGCCAACCUCCCUGGCGACGAACGUACUGGACCAGAAAAGGGAUCUGCUUUCAUGGACAUACUCAUCGUUGCAAUUACGAUCAUUGUUGUUGCGGUCCCUGAAGGCUUACCGCUGGCCGUGACUCUGGCAUUAGCCUUCGCGACUACUCGGCUUCUCAAAGAGAACAAUCUUGUCCGUGUUUUGAGGGCUUGCGAGACGAUGGGAAAUGCUACGACUAUCUGUUCGGACAAGACCGGAACAUUGACCACGAACAAAAUGACAGUGGUUGCUGGAACUUUCGGCACGGCAAGCUUCUCGAAGUCUGACACCGAGAAGUCUGGUCCAACUCAGAUGGUACAAUCCUUUGGUCCUGCUACGAAAGAAUUGAUUACACAAUCCGUGGCCGUGAACUCCACUGCCUUCGAAGGAGAGGAGAACGGCGUAUCUACGUAUAUCGGAUCGAAAACCGAAACUGCUUUGCUGCAAUUCGCCAAGGACCACAUCGGCAUGCAGUCUCUUUCUGAGACGCGCGCUAACGAGGAGGUGGUGCAGAUGAUGCCUUUUGAUUCGGGCAAGAAGUGUAUGGGCGCGGUGAUUAAGUUACCGUCUGGCCGAGGCUAUAGGCUUCUCAUUAAGGGCGCGUCGGAGAUUCUUUUGGGCUUUUCGACAAUGAAGGUUGAUGUCGAAACUCUUACAGACAGUCCACUUUCGGAGUCUGAUGCCCAGAGCCUCAAACAGACUAUCAACGACUACGCGAAGCAAUCCCUGAGAACCAUAGCCCUUGUUUAUCGAGAUUAUCCGUCUUGGCCGCCAUCCAACGUCGAGGCAAAGGAUGGUCAUGUUGACCUCAGCGCUGUUCUCAAUGACCUGGUCUUUCUGGGAGUCGUUGGAAUUCAAGAUCCCGUCCGGCCCGGUGUUCCAGAAGCUGUUGCCAAGGCAAAGCAUGCUGGCGUUGUCGUACGCAUGGUAACCGGCGACAAUGCUGUCACUGCGCAGGCUAUUGCAACCGAGUGCGGUAUAUAUACCGAUGGCAUCGUCAUGGAGGGACCAGCAUUCCGCAAACUCUCUGACCAGGAAAUGACCGAGAAAUUGCCUCGCCUGCAGGUUCUAGCUCGCUCUUCACCCGAAGACAAGAGAAUCCUUGUCACAAAGCUCAAAGCAAUGGGAGAGACCGUCGCUGUGACUGGAGAUGGAACAAACGAUGCACCAGCACUGAAAGCUGCUGACGUUGGCUUCUCAAUGGGAAUCUCGGGCACUGAGGUUGCCAAGGAAGCCUCCGCAAUUGUGCUAAUGGACGACAACUUCACCUCGAUAGUGACUGCUCUGAAAUGGGGCAGAGCUGUCAACGAUGCAGUUCAGAAGUUCCUCCAGUUCCAAAUCACUGUCAAUAUCACCGCAGUCCUUCUUGCCUUUGUCACCGCUGUAUCCAAUGCCGAGAUGAAGUCAGUCCUCACAGCAGUCCAACUCCUGUGGGUCAAUCUCAUCAUGGAUACAUUCGCUGCACUUGCAUUGGCCACCGACCCUCCUACUGAGCGCAUCCUCGACCGUCAACCACAACCUAAGCGUGCCUCUCUCAUUACCACCAACAUGUGGAAGAUGAUCAUCGGACAAGCGAUUUUCCAAUUGAUCGUGACUUUCGUGUUGCAUUUCGCGGGACCAGCGAUCUUUCAUAUCAAAGCGGAUGACGAGACAGGGCACUUGGAGCUUGAUACCAUGGUGUUUAAUACCUUCGUCUGGAUGCAAAUCUUCAACGAGUUCAAUAACCGCCGACUUGAUAACAAGUUUAACAUAUUUGAAGGUGUUCACCGCAACAAAUUCUUCAUUUUCAUCAACUGUAUCAUGGUUGGCGCUCAGAUUGCUAUCAUUUUCGUUGGUGGGCGGGCUUUCUCAAUCACACACAUCGAUGGAACUCAAUGGGCUAUCUGUGUUGUACUUGCUCUUCUCUCCUUGCCAAUGGCCGUUCUUGUGCGGCUGUUUCCUGACGCUUGGUUUGCGGCAAUUGCAAAGACUGUUGGCGGACCUGUGGUGGUUGUCUAUAAGGCCCUUGGCAGGUUUUUCUCGAAGAUCGGACGAAUGUUCCGUCGCAAGAAGGCAAACGGGAAGGAGGUGGAUGACAAUGAGCAAAAUGACAACACGCCAGAGAUUUUGGUCUCUUCGUCUGCACCGGAAAUCAACGUACAAGAUGUGGAGAAAGGGAUGUGA